AUGGUGCUGCUGUCGGGGGCCGGGGAGCAGCUGGCCGGGGAGCGGGUCUGCCCCGCGCCGGGAGCCGGCAAGGAACUGCCCGAGGCGGAGAGCGGCUCCGAACAGGGGGCGGACGGGGCUGCCGCCGAGGGGCACGGCGAUGAGGAGCAGGAGGAGGAGGAGGAAGACUACGAGGAGUAUGAAGACUUCUCCGAGCUGCCCGACACCUGCAGCAUCGCCUCGGACGACUCCUUCUACCCGCCGGGGGGGCUGGGGGACGAGACGGAGGACAGCUGGUCCCUGGAGCAGGAGGACCGCGACAGCCCCGAGGGGCUGAGCCUCUUCCGAGCGUGCUGCACCAACAACGCCGUGGUGCUGCGGGCGCUCAUCCGGCAGGGCCCCGAGGAGGAGGAGGUGCGGGAGACCGACCGCAACCGCAGGAAUGGUCUCAUCGUUGCCUGUUACCAAGGAUAUGUGGAUAUUGUCAUAGCCUUAUCACAGUGUCCUCAUCUUGAUGUGAACUGGCAGGACAAUGAAGGGAACACGGCCCUGAUCACAGCUGCACAGGCAGGGCACAUAACCAUUACAAACUAUUUGUUGAACUAUUUCCCUGGGCUUGACAUUGAGAAGAGGAAUGUGUUUGGAUUUACAGCACUGAUGAAAUCUGCGAUGCAGGGACGAACGGAAUGCGUGAAAGCUUUGAUGAUGGCAGGGGCAAAUGUUCACACAACAGACCCAAGCCGUGGACUGACUUCAUGGGAAUGGGCUUGUUAUACAGGAAGGUCAGAAUCUGCUUUCAUCAUGCAAAGGCUGAUGGAUAAACCAUGCCCUGAACAGUUUUGUGAUCAAUAUAAACCAGAAUGGCCAAAGAUGAAGGAACUCCUUGCCAAGGCUGCAGAACCAAAAACCUGUUUGCAGAGGAUUUCUGAGUGUGUGAGGUCAGUUGUCUCGUUCCGGGCUUUCCAUGGCCCAGAAGAGGAUGGGGUCCUUGAUCACAUGGUGAAGGUGACAACAAGCUUAGGCAGUCCUUUCAUUGCUCUAUCAUGUAGGACUGUGUGUCCAGGAAGCCCACCUUCUGUGGGAAAACGCAGACUGGCUGUGCAAGAAAUCCUUAGGAAGCAGAGAGCCGAGGAGAUCCGAUCUCAGGACAAAGACCACGUUAGCAGCUAUGAGAAAUUAUUUCAGAACUCCAAAGUCACAGUAAUCCCCAAAAAGAAGGACCGUCGAGCAAGUCUGCAGCCCGUCAGCCUUGCAGUGUCUCAAGUGAGCACCAUAGCCACCAGGAAAACAAGCCUCUUGCCACUCCACCUGCUCAGAAGAAGCAGCGUGAGGCCAGGAUUUGUCAUCCCCAAAGUCCGUGUCAGCAAAGCUCCUCCUCCCACCUUUCAACCGGAAAAGGCAAGGAGGAGGAGCAGCGCUAAAGAUGACCCCUACUUGCAGAUUCCGAAGUGGAGAUACAAGGAGUUAAAAGAGGAGCGGAAGAAGGCAGAGGAACAGGAGAAGAAAAGAGCAGCAGAGGCUCAAAGACAGAGGCAGGUGUCUCCUGCCAGAAGCAGAACCUGACUUACUGGCAGUUACUUGGAAGGUUUUAGAGCCAUUAGUCUUGUUAUCUGAGCAAGAUAACAGACUGCGUGCUGUCAUGCAUGCCUGCUGUUGAUGGAGCUGGAAUACUGUACAGCAGCCUUUGUGGUGCAGAAACAUGGCAAGGGCUAUAGCACAGUGUGUCUGAUUAUGGAAGGUGAAGUUAUUUUUGGGUGGAAGAUAAAAAAAAAGUUUACCUGUAUGCCGUUGAUACGAAGUUCAAGUGUUGUUUUUUUUCUUAUUUCCAGUUCCAGGUGAAUGACUGCACAACUCCUUGAAAAACAAUGUGUGUGAAAGGAUCAUAUUUUGCGUUUGUUCAUUUUGUAAUGGGCACGAUUAAGGAGUUGUAUUUUUGACACUAGAUAUUAUUUCCUCUUCUUGCGUAGGUAGGCAUAGUACAAGGUUUUAUAGAAAUAAUGAAAAGUGUAAAAUACAUCACAGCCUCAAUGGGCAGUGAAAAUCUAAGUCUACUCUUUUUUUUUUUUUAAUGUAUGAAGCACUUUAUGGCGUAUUAAUUCUAAUAAUCAAAGAUUAGUGCAAGGUAGAUAUUGAACUGUACAGCUCUAUAUGGUCUGUGUGGAUACAUUCCUUAAUGUUUUUGUUCUGUGUUGAAUAUAAAGAGGGCUGCAUAUGAAAUAUUUCUGUAGCUGAGGUACUCACAUCAUCUACAGAUAUAAAUCAGGGAUAAUGACUGGUUUCUUUAGAGCAACAGAGAAGUUGAACUAAUUUUUGUAUGACACAGUCACCUCUAACAUUUGCCUCCCCCAUUAUGUUUCCCUGUAUUCUCUAUCUGUUGUCUCCUCUUUAGUCUCAGGGAUUUUUUUUGUCUUGGAAUUUAACUGUGAAAUAAUGGAGAUGGUGAAUCUCAGGUGGGUUUAGAUUUGUCUUUUUCCCUUGAUAUUUAAAUUCCUGCUAAUAAAUAAAUAAAUAACCACCAGUUUAUUAUCAGUGUCUGCUCCACAACUUUUCCAGGUUAU